UAACAUGUACUCGAUUUCUUUGAAAUAAUAUAAUCUGGCCUUCUAAACACAAAUAAGUGUUUAUUAUCUUUUGUUUCGCCUCACAAUGCAGUUACUUGUGGCAUUUAUUGUAUUUGGAGCAAUUGCAAAUGCUAAAGAUUUGCAAUCACUUUCUGAACAAAGUCCAGCAUAUGGGUAUAUUCAGAACAUAGGAAUUCCUGCAGCGGAGAAAAUCCGUCAAACAGAAGCAUCAGGAGGUUCACGAAUUAUCGGAGGAGUUCCUGCAGCUCUUGGACAAUACCCCUUCCAGGCUGGUAUUCUUGGAGAAAUCGUCCAAGGUGACGUAGCUGCUAUAAGCGUAUGCGGAGGUUCCCUCAUUUCAUCCAGCCGUGUCCUCACUGCUGCCCAUUGCUGGUUCGACGGAGUCCAUCAGGCUUGGCGCCUGACCGUUGUUCUUGGCUCCAUCCAACUGUUUACCGGUGGUACUAGGAUUCAAACUAGUGCCGUUGCUGCUCAUCCAAGUUAUAUCCCUGUUCUUGGCCGCAAUGACAUUGCUGUUGUAUAUUUUGCAACUCCUGUUGCCCUGUCAGGUACGAUUAAUCCGAUAGCUCUUCCUACUGGACCUGAACUAUUUGAGUCUUUCGCUGGAGAGAGGGCUAUCGCUGUUGGUUUUGGAGUGACCAGUGACAAUGGGAAUAUUUCUACGAACCAGGUCCUGAGUCACGUCAGCUUGAACGUGAUAUCUAACAGCGAGUGUUCCUGGGCGUUCCCUUUGUUUCUACAAAGUUCCAACAUUUGUAGCAGUGGCCUUGGAACAGUCGGGUUCUGUGAUGGUGAUACUGGUGGCCCUCUUAUCAUCACCAGGAAUAAUAGACAGCUAUUGAUUGGUGUUGCGUCCUUCCGUUCCAGUCUGGGCUGCGAGUCCAACCUACCCAACGCUUAUGCUCGAGUCACUUCAUACAUGGACUUUAUCUACAGACAUAUUUAAUCCAAAUAUAUUUGUAUAAACUAUAAUAUGAACUAUCAGAUAAUAAUAAAACACUGAGCAAAUA